ACUCCCGCAAUGAUGGGGUUGGUCUUUACGGCCGUCAAAACUCCUGAGGCAGAGCAUCUGCGGAUCGCUCUUACCAGUGGGCGUGUUUGCGGCGGAGGUUGCGCAAACACAAGACCGGCCGCCCAUAUGUACCAAUUCGUUUUCAAUCCUAUUACAGUACAAACAAUUGGCACGCCGCGCUACAUUAUCACAACACUCACUCCCUGAUGGAGCAAGCCACGUUAAGUCUCCUGAAACCAGCCAUCCUCGCAAUCGCUGGGUUAGCAGCAGUAUGUGGUAUAUACUACACGUGCACCGCAGUGCUCACCCAUCCGCCCGACACUGGACUUCAAAGAAGCAACGCUGUCCGUCGCCGUCCAGCGCCAUCAGUUCUAGCCCCAGGUGAUCUAAGGUGGCGUAUGGUACCACCCGGGCUCAACACAGCCAUAGGCGUUCUCGAGUUCGAAUGUGGGAAUCGGGAGUAUGUGUAUGACAUGGCGGAUGGAUCCUUGCCAAGUCGGGAGACGCUCUCGAACCAACUCGGUCCAUUGGAUGAUCUUGCGUACAGGCAGGUAUGCAUUCGAGUUAUUAAGUUCAUUGUGGCAGUUACCCUCGAAGCCCAGCACUUCCCGAAUGUGCGUGCAGAGGUGGCCAUGACGCCGUUUGCUGAUCUGCUUCGCAUUGAAGGAGACCUUGAGCAGAACAUUCGAGCGCUUGAGAUUGCUGCUGCUCACGUUAUGAACAUGACGCCUCCACGUCCGGAGGAAUUUAGUAACAUGUACGAGAUUGCCAUGGCCGACGAUGGACCUGCAGUGACGGAGGAGCCGGUAGAAGAUACUGACGCUCCACAUGAGCACACGCACGGUCUCAAAGGCUUAUUAUACUACAUCGCAGAGCAAGACGCAAACCGGCAAGGUUACGAACACAGAGGCAUUUCCUGUGAAGAAUGCGGUCAGCUGCCCAUUCGAGGCGUUCGAUGGCGCUGUCUAAACUGUGCGGACUUCGACCUUUGUACGACUUGCGAGGCACAUACCGCACAUCCAAAGACUCAUCUGUUCGCUAAGAUCAAAGUACCAUUGCCACCGAUGUCCAACAAUGGCAAGACGCUGCCUUUAUGGUACUCUGGUGACGCCAGGAAGAUCUACCCACCGCUUCAGCCAGCUUCAAGGAAGCGGUUGUUCGAGCAGUAUAAGUUCGACGAGCCUAGCAUCGAUGCGCUCUACGAUCAAUUCACGUGCCUUGCAAAUGUGCAUUUCCUACAAGAUCCACUUGGCAUAAUGGUUGCUAUCGAUCAGGCAGGGUUCAGAAGAGCGAUGAUUCCUGAGUGGUGGAACCUGCGUUCCGCUCCUAACGCGAUCAUGGAUCGUACGUUUCACUUCUACGAUACCAACGCCGAUGGGCUCAUAGCGUUCGAAGAGUUUGUCAACGGUACAUCCUUUCUUCGGAGCCCAGCGCGUUUCGACACUAUGAGAAGAGUUCUGCAAGGAUUCGACAUUGACGACAAUGGCUAUUUGGAUCGCUCUGACUUUCUGCGCCUGCUUCGAGCGAAAUACGUCCUGCAGGAGAAGCAGGUCAACGACAUGGUGGAGAUGGGUGAGAACGAUCAGACUCUCGAUGCGUUGCAGACGCUGCGGUCAAGCCAGCCAAUCAGUGCAAUCUUCAACCAACAAGACAUUCCGCAUGGAGAGGAUCGACCACGCCAGGGGAAGCAGCUUGAUGCUUUCGGCGAUAUGCAGCCCUUACCCGGCAUCAAGACGAUCCUUGAGGAGGAUGACCCUUGGCUUCUGGAUAAUGCCAUCCCUACGCCUGGUUCCGCUGGAGGAUUGAGGCACCAUGCAUCGCCAUCUCCAGAGAUGCUGAAAGGUCAAGACGAUCGAGACGACAUAAGCUCCAACACCGACGCCGCUAAUAUCCGGGACUUCGCCAACGAGGACAGUUCGAUGGUAUCUGACCAUGGCCCAUACAGAGACGUAUUGCUGCAGAUUGUCGAACAAGGGAUGAACGAAAUACUAGACCGCAUAUUCAGGUUGAAGGAACAGGAGCACGACGCUGCUAUCGCCACUCGUCAAGAGCGUAACGAAUGGCGCACAGAAAUAGAAGACUACCUUGCGGAGAAACAACGCAUUGCAGAGGAACUUUGCUUGAUGGCAUCGACAGACCCACUGGCGGCGACAGCAAUGCACUCACACACCCGUCAACCACCUCCUACACCUGCGGGCUCCCCGGAACCACCAUUUCGCGCCGAUAUACUACCGACCGACACUGAGAGCUUGGCAGAGCGUGAAGCGGACAUAGCUCACCAGCCACUCGAUAGGCUCUUGGAGCAGGCAGGCUACGAAAUCAUUGACGGACGAGGAAAUGGUGCUCUGAUGCCUCAAGACGACGAGGAUAACGAAAGUCGCUUACCAGAGUCGCUGCGCCAUCUUCUUCGACCGCCGUCGAUCCUGAACGACACAUCAGCAGAUCCUACAAUGCCACAAAAUAGACCGAACACUGCAUCUGUUGUCGAGGAUGGAGCCUUAACGCAUGAGAACGCUCCUCGGGCGAAUAAAGCAGGUCUUCCGCUAUCCUCGGGAGAAAGCAAAUCACGCCCAACGGUACUGUCUGCGGCGCGACUAUCGCUGCUCGCAUCUAUGGAGGAAAUCGAUCGAGAGGUCGUUACUAGGGGCGGAUGUGGCAGACUCAGCUUUGACGAGGUCGAAACUAUAGUCAAAGCUGACCGUACUAACGAGUUGCUGGGUUUGGUAAAAAGUUGGCUGGAGUUUGCUAGCUUCUGAAUCCUCGUUUCACAAACGUGCAUGGUCUUAUCAACUCGUGCCACGGUUGCGGCAGGACUGGAGCGGAGCAGGAGAAUCUAUUGUGGCCUCAGACUCCGAUGGCGUCAACCCACGCAUGCCGUACUCUGGUCGGACGGCAUUGACCAGGAGUGGCCAGUGA